ACCGCCGAAGUCAAUUGUCGAACCAGCAUCGAGUCUGCUGCUUCGUUUAAAUUGCCGUCACAAAUGCAUUCGUCUCAAGAAAGAAUUCUCAGGUAUUACCGUAUCGUCUAUAUUCGUGUGCAGCAUCAAUAAGUGUCUAUAGACAUCUGAAACUGUAUGUAAUUCAGUGUGAGAGUACCUUUAACCCAUAACCUUUUCGUGUCGUGAAGUUCUGGUGCCGUUCCGAUCCCGAAACAAUGGGACGCGAGUCUUGGCGAGUUUAGCCGAACGAUACUACGAGACUCAGUUGAGUGUCCGCAAGGCGGCGCGGCCGGUUCGCGUCUCAGUCAACAACCAGUGCAGUCCGAACCGUCGAAGGGAGUGUGUCGUAGCAACGCGGCAAUCUUUUAUCGAUCGGGAUCGAGACUUGCCAUUCCAGCGUCUCCACAGUGGUGUGUUAUGUGCCUAAAUUCCUAGUAAGAAAUUACAUCUGUGUUUGCUUCCUAAUACUGUUUGACAUUGUUAUCAAGUGAAUGUGUUUGACGAGAAUUUGUUUUCGUACUGUACACAGUAAGAAAGAGAGUAGGGAGAAAGCAAGCAUCCUACUACUCUGAUUUUCCUUCUUCUUCUUCUUCUUCUUUACACGGCUGACCGGUCCAAGAGGGCGUGCGCGCCUACAACAAUGGGCGAACGCCAAACUAUUUAAUAGAAGAAAGUUACCCCUGUUAUUCGCCUUUAAUUUAGUGUGGAAAUUUCGUCAGUUAUCAAUAAGAAUUUAAAGUAGUUAAAUACAUUACUGUUCGAGACUCCGUUACUUAUUGACGUUGUGUGUGGGCAAUGUAUCUUUCUCAAGUGGAAUCUUCCCUUUGGGACUAGGAACGGUUACUGUGAUGGCGACCAAGGAUUGAUCAAGGAAGAGGAAGAAAAAAGGAAGCAAGGCUAUCUCGUUAGGAUGAGAAAAGGAUGAUCAAUGGCCUCGUCCCUGGGUGCGGGUCCUCCAGGUCUGGCUCCAGGACCCCGACGAGCCAACCUGGAGUUUCCACCGCCACCACCGUAUCCGCCUCCACUAGGACAGAUCACCCCUACAGUCGUCGUAGAGGCGAGUCCUUCUACGUCAUCCACGCGUCAUCAUCAGGACUACUCCUACGCGUACUAUGAACCAGGACCCAGUCGUCUUCAUCGACCUCUGUUACCCGAACAGCCUCCACCUCGAGAACCUGAACCUCUGAAACGUCAUACUUACGUGACGCGAUAUGGUACCGAGGAGAAUAUCUAUGAGGAAAUCUCUGAACUCAGCCGUCAAUGUCGCAGAGCGCAGGGUACCCGGCGCAACCUUCUGGAGGAGGAAGUGCGAAGAGUUCAGUCACGUCAUCGUCGAGUAUUGGGGGAAUUGAAUCUCAGCGUGGAGGCUAUGUUGAUGCCAAGCCCUGGUACCGACGUUGAUUCAGCUCCGAGUCAUCCUGAAGUAUCCGUCGAUGAACUCUUGGCCACCGUCGGUCCCACCGACGAACUCUUGUCGCCUGUUGGCUGCGACCUGGACAGCGGUUUCAGCGGCAGUUCAAGUGCUAGUUAUAGAUCUGGCUUGGGAUCGCUCAGGAGAGGAUUGGGCAGGACGAGCACCCCGGAGCUAAUAGCCGCCAGUGGACAGAGAAAAGGGAAGGCUGUUAUGCUGUGGAAGAAAGGUUUGAAGGGAUGGAGAAAGCUGCAAUCCCUUGGCUCAGUGGGACACAAGGAUGAGCCAAGGUCACGGUGUAGAUCCUGGGACGACGUAGGCUCGGCCAGGAUGGAAACCGUGGGUCAGCCCCAUCGGCAUCCGCAUCAGCAUCCACCCCUCGAAGCAACCAGGUCGCUGCAAUCUACGCAAUCGGCGCGCAGCGAGGACUCCUGGUGUUCGGCUUCCGAUCACGAUCUCUCCUCGGACGACGAGAGCGAGAAGAGCAAUAUCAGUAUUAAAAGCAAUCGCCAACUGCGCAACACUUUUCACAAGGCGCGCACGCUCUGCGACAAGUGGCGUUCUCAAAAUAUGAAGAUCAACAGUGCCGAGCUGGACUCGCCAGGUCAGGGUAGGCUAUCACGAUGGUUCAGUAUCCGGAGAGGUUCUGCGCAUCACUAUGACGUCGAUUCCUCGGAUACGGUGUCACUCACAAGUCCGGUCAAGCUGCCGCAGAUGCCUCAGCUUUGCGAGGUCGAGGAAGAGAAUGGAGCCAUGGUCCAGUUUCAGUGCAUGCAGCAGCAUCGACAGGCACCCCCGUCGCUACCACCGGCUCCGACUAAUUUAACACCUCAGCAACUGAAACGCAGGCACAUCGUUGCUGCUAUCGUUCACUCAGAGAAUAGCUACGUAGCUACCUUACAGAGGCUUGUCAAUGAUUACAAGAAACCGCUGGAGGAGUCGACGCCUCCGAUUCUAAGCCAAUCGAAGAUCGCCACCCUCUUUCAUCGUCUUCCGGAGAUUCUGCAGUGUCACACGUUGUUCAGAAUCGCUUUGGCUGAAUGUGUUCGAUCUUGGGACAAGGAUGAGAAACUCGGCGACGUCUUUGUCGCCAGCUUCAGUAAGGCCAUUGUCCUGGAUAUCUACAGUGGCUUCAUCAACAACUUCUCCGUGGCUAUGGACCUCGCCAAACAAGAAUCUAAGAGAAAGACUGCGCUCGCUGAUUUCUUUAAGGUAAAGCAAAUCAGCGCUCACGACAGACUAUCCUUCUUUGGACUGAUGGUUAAACCUGUUCAGAGGUUUCCGCAAUUUAUACUCUUCCUUCAGGAUCUGCUGAAGCAUACUCCUCAAGGUCAUCACGAUAGAAUGUCACUCCAGCUGGCCCUGACGCAACUCGAGAGCCUCGCAGAGAUGCUGAACGAACGAAAACGCGAAGCCGAACAGUUUCAGGCGUUCAAGGAGAUGCUGCGCCAUGUAUCCGGCAAACUAUCCCACCGUCCUUUGUCAUCCUCAUCGCACUACCUCAUCCGCUCGGAUAACGUGACGCAACUGGAGUUCAAUCAGAAUGGAAUGAUAACGAAAUCGAAAAGACGCAGAUUAUUACUCUUGAAUGAUCUCGUUGUUUGUAUAUCCGUUGCUCCAAGGUCAUCCGAAGAUUUCUCAAGCAGCGAGAGGCUCAGCCUCAAGUGGUCGUUUCCUGUUUCUGACAUAGAGAUACAGGAUACCAGCACGAGUCCUACCUUAAGCAGACUCCUGACAGCAGGACUGAAUAAGGGCGGUAGCUUGAAGUCGGAUCGCAGUGGCGAAGGUGGCCAAGCUGGUGCGGAUAACUUGUGCGUGGAGAUGAGCGACUUGAUGCACGAUUAUGAAGUCGUCUCAAGGAUUAACGACCUAGUGGCUCAACUGAAAGGCUCCUACGAUCAUCUUACUAUUGACAAUACCAAACAAAUUCUACAGAGCAUUCAGUCCUCUAUACAGAGGAAGGACGAGGACAUGAUUUGGGCUGAUAGCUGCUGCCUGCAGCUGAUGACCAAACAGGGACAAAUGUACACAUUUCAAACUGAGAAUCCUCUGGUUAAGAAAGACUGGAUUACGGAAUUGAGACUCGCGCAACUCGCACUGGAUCCUAAUAAUUCACCAGCUUGGGAGAUUCCUGAGCAGGAGCAGAGACCGUCAACGAAGAUGCCUUUGUUCGUCAGUUCACAGCCCGUUUAUCAUUCGCAGCAUCAAUCGGAAGUACGCUGCGGUUGUUAUUAUACAACGCAGAAUCCAAGACCGACAAGACGACGAGGACGUACGCAGAGUUACUUAUGGAUUUGUACGGGUGAUGGUGUAUCCAGUCACGUGACAGUUUUCGGCCAAUCCACAACGGCCUCGACGACUUCGUUAAAACAAAUCACGGCCUUUGACCUGGUGGAGACUAGAGUCGCAGCCAUAGAAUACGUGAAGGGACUUGGAACGGACUAUGGCGAUCUCGUAUGGAUGGGCACGGACUCUCGGAAGAUAAUGAUCUACGCUGCCUCAGAACCGGAAAAACAGGAGGAACUGGGCAGCUACCCCGUACCUGGUCCUGUGGUGCAGAUAAAGCAUCAUUGCGACAACGUAUUCGUUGCUCUCGGUACCGGGUCGUUACUCAUGUUCAAAAGACAGUUCGACGGAUCUUGGCUACUUCGUGAUCCUUCUGUAAUAUCACUAGGAACUGAUCCAGUGUCCUGUCUAAUGCCUAUAAAUAGUUCGGUGUAUGCAGCUUGUGGGAAAAAGGUAUGGGUAUUAAAUGCAGGGACAGGUGAAGUCACUAAGAGCUUCAGUGCCCAGCACGAGCACGUCGGUAAUGUUAAACUAAUGGCACAUUCUGGGGUUGGACUCUGGGUAUCCUUAAAGAAUUCCAGUACAGUCUGCUUGUAUCAUACUGAAACCUUCAAGCACCUUCAGGACAUUAAUAUAGCAUCGACUGUUCUCCGGGUAACGAAAGCAGGCGGGGCUGCCUCUUGUGGCGAUAAUUUGAAUAAUAAUCAGUCUGCCGUUACGGUUACGGCUCUUAUGGCUUGCAAAGGCUUACUUUGGGUUGGCACAAACGUUGGAAUCAGUCUGACGAUUCCUUUACCGCGACUAGAGGGUGUUCCAAUUAUUAGUGGGAGGGUCAACAUAUCCUACCAUGCACACUUUGGUCCUAUUACCUUCCUGCUGGCUGUACAAACUAACAAGAGUUCGCCCUGUACCAAGGAAGAGGAAGAUGACACUUCGCAGAGAAAUAAGGAUCUUGACACUGGACAGCGUAGGGAUCGAAGCAGCUUGGAUUCUUCCCUGUCAAGUAAUAUGCUUAAGCUUCGGCAGCAGCUUGCAGCCAGUCCAGUAUUGUUACGCAGAAAACGUAGCAAAGAGAACGAGUACCGAGGAUCAAAAACUUUACCCAGAGGAUUAGGCUGUGGAGGUGGUCUACUUUCUAGUUCCAUAUCUAGCUCGCAAAGUUCUGGAGAGAAUUGUGACGUGUAUGGACUCUAUGGUGAACUGAUGUAUGUCAAAGACUAUGAAAAUGAAAAUGGAUCUGGCAUCGAUCCCAUUUAUGAGACCCUCCGAAGGAGUGAUCCAGAACUCGCAGCCAUUCCUAACAAAGUCAGUACUUUGGAUCGAAGACUCAAAAUGAAAAUCACUAGACCCAGGUCCCUGGAUUUAUCCAACUGGUCUGUGGAUUCGCAUGCAAGCUCAUUGUACACCUCUUCUGGGUCUGAGGAGAAUCUCUCACUGAAGGCUGGAAAGCUCUCGAGGAAUAGUAGCAGUGCUAGUCGCACAGGACCCUAUGAACAGAAUGUGACUGCUGUCCAAGAGCCACAGUCUAAGAACAAAGCAUCCGCUAAGAAGACUCAAAAACAACAGCAACAAGAUCAAUCUAAGAAAACAGUUCUUACUCUCAUGGGUGGACGUGGUUAUAUUAAUUGGCGGCAAUUAAACUCUCAGGCUCUACCAGACAAGAGUCCCAAAUCCAUCUACUCGUUCAAAGAUCCUAAUAGCAACGACGCGCACAUUGUCCUCUGGGAGAUGAAAUUAUGAUACCCAGUACUACUAGGAUCUUUGGACCGAUCCUCUAGUUCCCUUCUCUAGGACCAAAUACUGUACGGACUGAUAUUCUAAGAACCGUCUUUGGUGCUCGCUACGCCCACGUCUAUGUAAAUAAUACAUAGAGUAUCAAAUCCUUGAAAUAUCGUAGAGGAUCUUCCUUGAGGAUAUUUUUUUCCCCAAGACAAUAAUCUUCAGUGUGGAAAUCUUCCUUGAUGUUGCUCAACGAUUUUAUCCUUAGGAAUUUCGUGAGCUUCUGGUUGCUAUUAUUAUACCUUUCAAUACUAGGCGACAACAUACAUCUGUUUACGUUUUAGCUCGCCUAGGGAAGACUUAGACUUGCGAUUAGAGUCUCUUAGAGGUAGCACUAGGGCACGAGUCUCAUGAAGCAUACGACGAUCUGGGCUAAGAUUCCUAGCAUUAGAAGCUUAAACUUCUAUUUACAUAUGACAACGCUUUUUCAACGCACAAAAAGGUGUGGCUCAUUGCGCCUGAUAUUUUAGCAAGAAGUGAUUAACUUUUACUUUGCUUUUUUUUUUGUUCCUCUACUUUACUAUUUGAUCUGUUCUAACGAAUCUCAUGAUUUCUCAAGCGUUUCUUUUAUACGAUCUUGUAUGGCCCACGAUGCUUCGUUAGACCUAUUCGCGAAUUCUUUAUCAUAUAAUUAAUAUUGAUAUUAAUUACCGUGCAUUUAAAAUUCAUACCGUUACAUACUUUCACGUAGUCAUGCCGCUAACCUGAAGAUGACUAGUAAAAGUUUAUCUAAGAAUUGCAUGUAAAUUUUAAAAAAAUAUAUGAAAGUUCAGUUAAGUACACUCAAACAUACAAGUAUAUUGCACUUAUAAAGAAGAAGAAAAGCUAAUUACUCUACGAAGUAUCGUGUCGUCAAAUGAUCGGCCUUGAUUAAUUAGCUUAGAAAGAUUGGCACCACAUAUGUCGGUUCCACAUUGUUAUCAGGUGAAUAUGUACAAAUGUAUUCCUUGUAAUUUAUAAGAGCCAAGAACAAUCUCCUUUAACAUAUAUUCAUCUCAAGCAGCCAGUUGCGUGAGACGAUGCACAAAAGUGCAUUUGAUUUGAGUUUUUCUUUUUUAACGCGAAUCGUUUAAAAUUAACUUUAAUCGACAUAACACGUCGGGAUGAUGUUAAAGUGUUUUUGACCAUGUUAUAAAAUGUUUUCUAUAUACUGUUUUACAUUUUAUAACUGUUGCAUGAGGGGGGGAGAGAGAGAGAGCGAAAGUGAAAGAGAGAAAGUAGAAGAAAAGAAAGACAGCGUGGCACCUUGAGCGGAGUUAAACUAUUCUGUAUUGUGAUAAGUAACAAGGAGUUUAUGUCAGUUACCCAGUGACGGAGAGCAUAUUAUUGUAUUUUUGCGUAGAAAGAUUGAACAAGCGACUACGUUAAGUUUGUACUAAGGUCUGUGCCCCGAUUUCUUGGAGUUCUGGUACAUGCACUCGUAGUGUACAUAAAUUAGAGAGAAAUGGCCAUUUUUUUUUGUAAGCCACUGCAGCCACAACCCAAUUUAUACUUUGUACACUCUUGUUUAGACGACAAGCCGUACGAUGAUAGUUUUGUAUUUAUAUGUUUCCAUACGUAUUGCAGAUACAACAUAGUUCAGCUAUUAUGACGCGCCGUAAUACUUCAUUAUGUAUAUUUAUUAUUUAAAUAAAUUUAGAGUUAUCUCAUCGUACGACAUUACACCCUAUUCGAGAGUUUCACAUAUACGUAUGUAUAGCAACGAGAUUUCGUAUUCUUUACAGGAUUGUGAUUAAUCUUUUGGCUGGUUAUAAAUGAAAAUACCUUUUUUUUUCAAUUAGAAUCUAGACAAAAUUUAUUUUCGAUCGUUUAUUACUUAUGAAAGUACAUGUACGGGGUUAGAUCGAAGUAUUUUCUUCGGGGCUUCAUUUUUGUUUUAGCUGGCCUCACGUUUUUGCUGAAAAGAAAUUUAUUUUUUUGCCUUAGACACGACAUUUACGACUCGUAGUAUUUAUACAGACACUUUGGCUAUGCUCAGUUGGUAGUGCAUGUUACAAAUAAUCAUGGAGUCAUUAAAAAUCGGUAAAUUGUGUCAUCAUUCCAAAAAAUCGUUCAUAUUAGCCUUAACUUUGAUAUUUAGUUUAUGUAAAACUUACUGAAUAUUUUUCUUUUUCGUUUACUGAACACUAGACUGUCAGUCGUUUGCGCCAUCCAUUUUGUGUACCUGUAGACAUUAAUUUCUUUUUUUUUACAAACGAACAGAGCUACUUUGUUUUAUCGUUUAUUCAUUGAAAACAAUCAGUUGGUAGUGCAUGUAUGAAUUAAUCAUGAAUUCAGUAUAUUCGGUAAAUUUGUCAUCAUUCUGUGAUUAUUUUUUGCGAAUUAGGAAAGAUAUUUGUUUGCCUAGUUGGCCACGUGUUGACUUCUUUCAAUUUGAAGAUUAGUCAAAAAUAAAAAAAUAUUGCAAACUAUGAGUGCAGAAUAAAGAGUAAAUGAAAAACCA